UAUGUCAUCUCCAUGGAGGAUGUAGAAGCCUCUUUGAGAAACCUGAAGGUUUCUGUCGAGAAACUGCUGGCUGAUCUCACUGUUUACAUCCAAAACUUUGCUGGUAUGGUGAAGGACAUUUUUGCUAGUGGCACCCUCCCAGACACCCUCAUUCAGAAGACCCAGCAACUGCUUAAUGCCAUUAAUGAGGAGUAUGACAUAAAGGCUAUUGUUAUCUAUGUAAUUGAUACCAUGAGGGAGAUGAUCCAACAGAUUGACCUGGAAAAGCUGAAGGGCAGCAGCAUCUCAUUCCUUCAUGAUAUUGAUGCAAAGUAUGAAAUCGUGGCUAAACUACAGACAAUCAUGACUGAGUUGAAAGAAACGAUUGAGACCGUUGACAUGCAGGCAUUUGCUGCUGAGCUGAAGAGGUACAUUUUAUCCAUCAACUUUAAAGCUCAUAUUGAGGAAUUACUGAGUCAGAUUCCCACAGAAAUGUUCAGUGAUAUAACAAAUUAUAUUGAGGAAUUUAUUCAGGACUUUGACAUCCUCCGUAAGAUCAACACAUUCUAUGCCAAGAUCAGAGAAUUGAUUGUAAAGUUUGAGGCUGAUAGAAAGGUUCAAGCUGCCUUGGAAAAGGUUGUGGAGCUUAUCAAGAAGUUCAGAAUUGAGGAAACCAUCAGUGUCUUUGCCGAGAUGGUAAAGGACAUCCCGACCACAUUCAUGCAGGUAUUCGAUAGUGCUAUCAUCUACUUGAAAACAACUGAUGUUAAGGAUAUAAUUCAAGGGCUGAAAAUGUGCAUUGAAAUUGUUGUGCAGACACUGAAUUCAUUGGACUACAAUUCCUUUGUUGAGAAUGCCAAUCAAAUUAUUGCUUGGUACACAGUUUAUGUGAAUGAGCUAAUCAGGGCUCUUGAAAUACCCCAGAAAGUUGAGGCAACAAUAGAUUUUAUCAACCAUGUCUUAUCUCUUGGUAGAGUCUUUAUGGAACACCUGAGAGAAAUCAAAGUUGCACAAUCUGUAACGGUUGUGUUUGAUAACCUUAAAGAAUUUGCUGAAUUUAUAAAACAAAAAAUUACAAACUUUGAUGCCAAAGCUGAGAUUACCUCUUAUCUGGCCUUUGUGAGUAAAUACUACACAAGAGUCAUAACUAUCAUCACAGAUACGUUCACUAAUGUGUUUGAAAUGAUUAAGAAAGUGGCACCUGAGCAAAAAAUCAUCAGCGAGAUUCAACAAAUCAUUUUUGGACUCACUGCUGAACUCAGGAAAGCUGAGUUAAACACGCCUUCCUUCAUCAUUCCUUUCACUGAUCUUGUUGUGCCUUCAAUGAAGUUCUGUAUGGAUAAGCUUGAACAGUUUGAGAUCCCAACACAGCUGGACAUUCCUGAGUUCACAAUCCUGAGCUUCCACACUGUAAAAGCCACCACAAUUUCCUUUGAUGACAUCAAGCAGAGAAUCAUUGAAGUUAUUAAUUUCUUUAUAAACUUUGGGAACAAAAUGCGUGAUGUAGAUGCCAUCUUUGAAGACCUGACUUUGAACUACUUUCCUUCAAUGCCUGAGAUAACCCUCCCAGAAAUCACUCUUCCUGAGGUUUCAUUCCCUACAAUCCCACAAGUCCCUGCAGAAAAGCUUGUUAAGUCUCUUCAGGUUCCUAAGAUCAAGCUGCCAACCAUUCCAAGUGAGAUCAUGGUCCCAUGCUUUGGUAAACUCUAUGGUGAGAUCAAAUUCCAUAGUCCCAUCUACACCGUCAAGACGUCUGCUGAGUUCCAGAACUCCACUCAGGAUGAAAUUAAUCCUAUAUUCACUGGAGUCCUUAAUUCCGAGGCCACAUCUUCAAGUUUUGAAAUUCUCAAUUACAAACUUGACUCCACUGCUCGUAUUGCAAUCCCAAAAAUGAGCCGUGUUGUAUUUGCAGAGACUCUUAAAUUUAACCAUCUUGCUCUUGGAGUUGAACAUCAGGCAUCUGUAACUCUCUAUGGCCCAUCAGCCAUGGCCCAAGUCAAAACUACAAUUAAGGUUACCACUACACCGUACAGAGCUGACUUCACGAAGAUAGCCUUUAUUGGUAUAGAAGAAGGAAUGUCUGCCUCUCUCGAUACAGCUUAUACUCAUGUUCUGGACCUCCCAAGUGUUGAUGUCAAAAGUGAGGUUACUUUAACCCAGAAAGCAACUGUUCGUCAAGAUGGCUUCACCCUCACUCUAGCAGCUGACCAUUCAGCCACUGGCAAGUUUAAUGAUGAUGAUGGCAACCACAAGAGCAACUUGAAAAUGUCCCUCUCUCCAAGCACUUUCACUCUAACUUGCUCUGGUGAUACAGACUCUACCAUCUUAAAGAUGAAACAGCAUAUUACUGCUGAAUCUGGCACCUUCUCAUACAUCAAGUUUAAUGUCCGCAAUGAGGCAGAGUCAUCAGUCAUUAAGAACAGUACUUUUGUGGCAUCUGGACAAGGCAACCUUUAUGAUUUGAAGGUUGAGCUGAAAGCAACCCAUCACACAGAACUGUCUGGUACGGUCACUGGAGUCCUGUCCAAUGAACUCAACCUUGUAGCCCGUCCUUUUGAAUUUCUCUUUGAAUUCCAAAACAAAGGAAAUGCCAAGGUCAACAUUUUUAACGAGUUGUCUGCUAAGAUAGAUCUGCAGAAUGAUUACUCAGCCAUCUUCAAACCCGACAGCCAACAGUUAAACACCUUAGCUCUGGCCCGUCUUAAUCAGUACAAAAUGUUCUACAACUUCACUGUUGACAAUAAUGAAAAUGAGGCUGGCAUCUUUGUUGACAUGGAAAGUGAGGCCAAUCUUGACUUCCUUACAUUCCCCAUCAGCAUUCCUGAGAUUGACCUGCCUUUUGUUGAUAUCCGUACUCCAGCUAUCAGUGACCUGAACUUGUAUGAGCAGACUGGACUGAAUAACAUUUUGACGACCACUGAGCAGACUGUGGAUGUGGAUGCCAAAGUUGUUUACCAGAAAAGCCAGGCUGGCCCUGUUGUUGAUAUGAUGGGUCUGAUCCAGAUUCCCCCUGUGGGUAAUCUGAUCACAGAGCUAUCUUUCAAAUCUGCCAUCAUUAAUCUGAAUGUCAAUGCUGGACUGUAUGCUGAGGAUGAUCUCGUGUUCCGUCUGGGAGCUUCCACAGCCUCUGUGUUUGAGGGUCUAAAAGCCAAACUUGAUGGCACCACCAGUCUGACCACCAAGAGAGGAAUCAAGUUGGCCAAUUCCCUGUCCCUUGAAAAUCGUCACAUUGAAGGCACUCAUAACAGUACAGUCAGUUUGAGUACUGAGACUUUUGAAAGUGCUGUAUCUGUGGCUACUUUUGCAAAGAUUGCCUUGCCUAUUCUCAACCUGGAGGCAAACCAAAAUCUGGUUGCAGACACCAAAAGCAAACUAAACGCUGUCUCCACCCUGAAGAUGACAGGGGAUAUCAACAUCCCCGUGAUCAAGGCUGUUGGAAAGGCUGAGACAGACCAAAGUCUGAAGCUGGAGGGAACCCUUGACUAUGUUUCCUUGGAGUCAUCUACAAAGGCAAACAUGGAUGGAACAGUGCUUGAUGACUAUCUAGUUUUGGGAGUCCUGGAUAAUGACGUGAAUCUGUAUCUGAACAAUAAUGGCCUACGCUCCACCUCCAAAAUGAUUGCUGAUGCCAAGGUUAACCACGGCACCACCAAAAUCAUUGGCCUGGAUGUAAAUGAGAAUCUUGCUGUUGAAGCCUCCCUGAGCCGUGUGUAUGCAGUGCUGAAGUAUACUAGCAACAACGAAGCAAACUUCUUUAAUUUCAACACCAAUGGGAAGCACAUUGCCCAGGCUGCAAUUGAUAUUGCACCAACCUUUUCCUUUACUGCUGAUGUUGAAAUAGAUAUAUCUCAGCCAAGCAGCCUGGGUGACUUCACCAUCUAUAAGAAAGCUGCUGCUGAAGUGACAGCUGCCAAGCAGAAGUUCUCUAACAAUGUAAAGUUUGUCAGCCCACUGUACACCACAAACCUGGCAGCUGAAGCAGAGGGCAUUGCUCCUGUCUUCACAUUCACCUCAAAGUCCUCUGCCACCUCUGUCAUUGUGCUCUUGGAAUAUGACAUGGAUGCUUCUUUUACUGCAAACUUUGAGAAUGAAGCUGUGAACAUGAUUACCAAGGUUGACCUAACACAUGCUGACCUGAGCUUGGAUGUCAACCAUGUCAUUACCCAAGCCCUGAGGAGAAAGCGCCAGGCUGAUGACAGUGCCUCUCGCCACACCUUGAAUGUGGACAUCACCAGUCCUACAUUCACUGAUGUGAACCUUCGUUAUGCUGCUCGCAGAGAUGCUAUCAGUGCCUCAGUGUCUACCCCCUCCAGUGGCUUCCUGGGCCUUCAGUUCAGUGGCAAAGUCCCAUCUCAGAUGAUUGCAAGGGUCUAUGGUCGUUAUCCUUCUGCCCCAGAGGUUGAUGUUGACAUCUUGGUCAUCAGAUCAUCUUCUAAGGAUGCUGAUAAGAUGAACCUGCAGAUUGCCUACAACAUGGAGGCACCCAAAGAAAUGCUCUAUGAACUCAAGACAAGACUCCCUUCUAUCAUCUCUACAGUCACAAUGUUUGCUGACAAGUACCAGAUCACAAGGAACAUGGAAGAGUUGAAAAACACUUUUGUUAACCACAUUAGUGAGGCCUAUGAUGCUGCAAUCAACUAUGACGCUCGACUGACCGAGCUGUCAAUCUUCUUCAGGAACAUCAUUGUCCAGUACCAGAAAACUGUCCAGGUCUUUCUGGAUGCUGUCAUCAAGGGCUUGAGGGAGACCCAGUUCAAACUGCCAAACUCUGAUGAGAUGACCACUCUCCCUGAGGUCCUAAAGAAGCUGACCAGCAGCAUUGCUGCUGUGCUAGAGAUGACCCUCCAGAGAAUCUAUGAAAACACAGAGGUCUACUAUAACUCCUUUCUUGAGAACAUCAACAGUGUAAAAUUAAAUAUGCCAGUCGGCGAUGCAAUCACAGUAGGCCAGAUUUUGGAUCAGGUCAAAACAGCUUUCAAGAAAAUCUUUGAUGAACUGGUGGACUUUGUGAAAAAUAUGGAGAGUCUUGACACAAUGCUGGUGAAAAUGGGUGAGACCCUUAAGGCUGUUGUUGAGAAAUCUCAGGAGUUUGUUGAUUCUGUCAAUUCUGACUAUUUAGAUGCAGUGUUCAUCAACAUCAAUGAGCUCUAUCGUAAAUUAAUCACAGUCACAAAGAACGUUGUUGAACAGAUCUCUGCCCUAAAUAUGGAGCAGCUCAGCAAUGCAUAUGAAUUCAUUAUAGACAUGUUCAUUCAAAUAGUUGACCAGUUCAAUAUCACUGUUCAUGGUUUGCUGCAGCAAGCUUCAGAGGAGGCUCAAGCCUACAUGAAAGUUAGUGAUGGAAGGCUUGAGAUUGACCUUCCAUUUCCCUUCCAACAGUGAGGAACCCUCAAACUGUGGCAAGUAUGGACAAUUAGCUCUUUAACCAUAUUUAUAAUAAUGAGUUUAACAAAAACACCUGUAACAUUUUAAUUUGGAUGGUGUAUUGUGUACAAAGAUUGAAAAUGUAAAGUUUUACUGAAACUCUCCUUCCUCAAAAGAGUGAAAGAUGUCAAUAAAAUACAUUUUAUUGAAAUCUGUAAAACUCUGAUUUCCUGCUUCACGACGUUCUUUGGAAUUCACAUCCAAAUUUUACAUAAAUGAGAAUAAAUCAAACUAUACACAAAAUGGUAUUGUUUAGUGUUACAGCACAGUUUGCAUUUAUUUACAGUGAUGAUUCAAGGAUGAGUUGGUGACUGAGGAUCUGAGAAACUGACUAAGUAGCUGAGAUAGUGAGGUCCCUAAAUGUUAUGAUGUGGAUGGAAAUUCUUGUACACUGUAUUCUUGAAUGUUUACAAAUGUGUACUUUUCUCAUCUAAAUAUGCAGUAGGUCAUGCAAGCCACAAUUUUCUAUAUCAGCAACUCAACCCCCAGACCAAUCCAUGCGACAUAACUGCAUUUUAAAAAUAAGUUUCACUAAACAUUAUAUAUAUAUAUAUAUAUAUAUGAAAAGAAACUGUCCAUGAAUUUUUGUACAAAAUUUAAAGGCAUCCUUUUCAAUCCAGUUGUUGGACUGACAGACCCAAAGACUGACCAAUCAACCGACUGAAAGACGUUGCCAUCCAGAGAGCCGCUGGCAUGGCUAAAAACAGGUGGUUACUGUAAAAAGUACAAAGUGUAAACAGUAUGAGUAGUCAGAGGAUUUACCUAGUAACAGCUUAUUAAAUGGUACAAACAUUAAAAGUUUUUUUCCCGAUGA